ACAACAUGUCGACCGCAACAUUCGAGGCUAAUCCAGACAGCGAAAACGAACCGUGGAUCGAACGGCCGGCAAUUGAGGGUUCGAAAUUUCGCAUAUGGCACCUGAUGUUUUUCAGUUUUUGCGCCUUUAGCUUUUUGGUGGUCGUCAUCUGUUGUUGCGUACGAAUUCGAAUACCCAGAACGAAGCAAGAAAUCGAGGCAGAUUAUCAACGCAAAAAGGUCGCCAACAAGUUUAAGAAGCGUCUGAAACACAUCAACGAUCAAGUGAUGGAGUCCAUCGAUUUGAAACGAGCACUGGAAAUUAUUAUCGAAACAGAUUUUCAAAGUGAUAAUUGUAAGCGGGAAGAAUCCAUGCCGUGCGAGGUCGUGAAUAGCGAAAGCGAAAAAUUAGUGGCUCCACCCGAAAUCGGCGACAGGCCGAAAAACUUCGGCAAGCUUGUCGCCAACGUAAUGAAAUUGGGAAAAUUUCCGCCUGGCAGCGAAGUUUCCAACGAGGAAUUUUGCCAACGCUGGGAUUAAUAAAAAAUGUGUUUUUCAUGUGGCUUUUUUGUUA